AUGUGGAAACAUGCAAAUGUACUACCAGUACCUAAAGAAUCUAUCUUAAACUCUCUUAAUCAACUAAGACCAAUCUCUUUAACAGAUAUUAUAAUGAGAUUAUUUGAAAGAAGUGUGUUCAAAACUGAGAUAGCACAUGUUACAAGACACGCUAUUGAUUCAGAUCAGUUUGCAUACAAGGAAGGUCACAAUUCGAUUAUGGCUCUGAUCAAGUGCCAACACACAUGGUUAAGAUGGUUAGAAGGAGAUGCAAAAUAUGUCAGAGUAUUAUCUUUUGACUUUCGCAAAGCAUUCGAUAGCGUUCCACACGAUAUUUUAUGUGAGAAGCUUAAGAAGCUCCCCAUCAACCCAUAUGUUACUAAUUGGCUGAUUAGAUUUUUGGAGGAUAGGAAACAGAGGGUAGUGGUUGAUGGAAUAGAAACUGAAUACUUGAACAUUAAUCAAGGUGUUCCCCAAGGAACAGUUCUGGGUCCUGUCCUCUUUUCGAUCAUGGUGAAUGACAUCAAAACAGUUAACCCCAUAAACCAGUUAGUUAAGUUCGCGGAUGACAUGACAUUAGAAGUACCAGGGAAUGAAAACGGAGAUACAUCCCAAGCCGAAGUGAACAGUAUACAAACAUGGUCUGAAAAUAAUCGAAUGUCCUUAAAUAUGGAAAAGACGUAUGAAAUGAUUGUUAGGAGAAAUAUCCCUACGCUGUUGCCUGAUCCUUUUCCAUUUAUUAAACGAAGGACGUGGUUAAAGAUUUUAGGAAUUACAUUACAGGAUCUCCCUUCCAAGUGGAAUUUGCAUUUUGAUGAAAUGUUGAAAAAAGCCAGUGCAAGAAUGUACAUAAUGCGUGUCUGUAAAUACUAUGGCUUCCCAAUCAAACAAGCAUACAUCGUAAACUUUAUACAUAAUAUUACGGCAUAGAACUUUGGGGAGGCGCAUACUUCAAUAAAUACAUUAGUCAAAUAGACAAAUUCAUCAAUCGCGCUCACAGAAAUGGUUACAUAUCGGAAAAAUUGAAUAUUAAGGAGAUAAGCAUCAAAAGGGACAAGAAACUUUGGGAUAAAGUAAUACAUAAUAAAGAUAAUGCACUACAGGAGCUUUUACCAGAUAAAUUAAAUAGACACCUUAGGCCAAGGGGACACGAGUUUGAACUUCCAUUAGUGAGAACAGAGCGAUUUAAAAGUUCUUUUGUAAAUCGAUGUUUGUUUAACUUUGUUUAACCAAUUUUAACCUUUACCUUUUUAACAUUAUUAAUAUUUUUAUCCAUAACUGUAUAUAUCUAGUUAUUACCUUAUAGAUAUCAAUAAUUUUAUCUUAUAUAUUUUUAUAAUGUAAACUCACAGACGGGUGUUCUUGAGUAUGAAUAAAGACUGUUAUUAUUAUUAUUAUUAUUAGUGUAAACAAGAGGCCAAUCCGGUACAGAAAUCGCGUCGCUUCGAUGCAAUCCGGUAUAGUGUAAUCGGGGCCUAAUUUAACAUUUACUAGGUUUUAAAACGCCGAUUAUGCCAUCACCUUCUUGAGAAUGAGAUUUCAAAUGGAUUUGUCAAAUAUGUUUAUAAGAGACAAAUAUUUUAUAUGCAUGAGACUCCGUUUAAUGGUUAUGCUUAUUUGUUCAGGGGGGGGGGGAUUUUCAAAGUGGGGUGGCGAAAGUUUAGAUGAAUGAGUGAAUAUCUCAUUUCAUAUUCACCAGAUGUGACCCUGGCGGUUUACGAAACGGGAAAUUGCGGCGCUGCCCGAUAUUUUUCCUAUUUUUUGAAUGGCCUCUGUACAGGUAUUAGUACUAUUUCAACACAGCACCACUUUUAAUUACAGAUUUUGGAAGAUUUCUCUGUUUACAGCACUUUUCCCCCAUUGGUCUCUUUUCCAUGUUUUCUUUGCCUGUUUAACAAUACCCCCAUGUUUCGAACACGAAUAUGUUUUCCUUUGAGCCCAGUCACAAAUCUAUCUCUAAACCCAUUUCGUGCAGAAACAUGAGGAUAUAACCACAUGAAAACGAGGUUAUUCGGGCAAGAGUAGGAUAGACAGUACAGUCUAUGGCAAAAUAUUUUUUGUUUGGUGUAGCAAAGAGGGACAGACUCCUGGUGGCGAAUUAAUCCUAGGCGGCAGUGACCCUGAGCACUACACAGGAGAUUUCACAUAUGUUCCUGUUACAAAGAAAGGUUAUUGGCAGUUCAAGAUGGAUUCUUUAAACAUUGUCGAUGGUGAUGGUCAUUUCUGUGCGGGUGGUUGUCAAGCCGUUGCUGAUACUGGCAUGUCCCGGAUUGCUGGACCUACUCAAGAGAUCAAAGAAUUAAAUGCUAAAAUUGGUGCUACCCCCGCUAUUAGUGGAGCGGUACGUAUGCAUUUAUAGCAAGAAACGAAAAUGACCUUCUUACUCUUACCGAUUAAAACUUUUCAAUUGAUAAAGUAAAUUAUCAGUUUUCUUUACCACUUUCGUGAAAACAGGGAUAUUUAUUCGGGGGGGAGGUGCAGAGUGCCUCGGCAAGGGGGGGUGCCAAUUUCCUUAUCGAAUCCAGUUUGGGAUUUCGAAAUGAAAUAUCCAAUCAUUCCUUACCACAAUAAGGUAAAGGCCCCUGAACUCUGACACAACCAGUGUUUCGCCCAUUCCACAGAACGCCGCUCUGAGGGUCGAUGAUUCAACCUCGUACCCAGGCUAUUCUCUCUCGCUAAAGCAUUCUGCUUAUUAUAUUAUGGCACUGUUCAGACAGGUUCAAAAUGUGCAACGGAAAUUCGUUUCGAAAAGCUCUCUCUCUCUACAGAUGCCGAGACUGAGCGAAAGAAUUAAUGCGAAUAUAUUAUACACUAUAUUAUUGCGGUACUUUAGUCAGUCAAUUUGACUAUGAUUCCAUGGUAAUAUGGCCGGCAGGUGCCGUACUAUUAUCGUAGAAAUUGUUCGUUUGAAGAUUUAUAAACGCUAGAGGUUGGCAAUUGGUGGGUACUAAGCGUUACAGAGUAGCAGAUGGUAGUCAAUUUCAGGAAUGUUGUCACUUAUGGGAGCAAGAAAAUUAAACUAUAAUACAUAUUAUUAAUAUCUCAUUUCAAUUUAUUUCUACCAAAUACAAUACCAAUAAAUUUACGUCCAGUCCCCAGGAAGGGAAACCGAAAUAGUUUUGCUCCUGCUGCGAAGUAUUUUAGGAAAAAGAUAAACUAGGGAGCAACACCAACCAUGUCAAAUCGUCCCCCAAAGUGAAGGAAAUGGCAUGUCAGAGACUUAGAUUUUAAAAUUUUCUGGGCGUGCAUGCUCCUCCCAUCCCCUCCUAGAGGUUCCCCACUUAAUUCUCGUGGCUUCGGUCAUUAUCAGCCGCACCCACACACUUUCAAGAUGGUUCACUUGCCCGCGCAGUUUGGUAAUAUUCGAUAUAGAAAUCAUAUGUAGUAAAAUUAUACACCUAAAGCUAAGAAAAAUGGAAUUGGCCGCGCAAUAUUUUGAUGGUGCCCGCGCAAGAUAUUCGCCAAAAUUUCAUCUCGCCCGUAUAUUUUAAAAACUUUCCAAGGAUCUUUUGGUCGCCCACCACAAAUCAACCUGUUCGCUAAUAGCAUGUGUCUUGUUUCACUUUUAUAUUAUUGCGUUUUCAUAUUUAUCUCGUAUUAAAGUACGAACAAUUUAACUACUAUUAUAUUUCUUUGAGAUGAUGCUAUAUGAUGAUGACUUGAUGGCUCAUUAUUUGAGAUAAAUGUCCAGGGGCGUAGGAACCGGGGGGCCAAGAGGGCCCCCCCAAGUUUUCAGAAGACACAAAAAUGCCCUUUUUCUGGUGGCAAAGUGCCCUUUGCCUUUGUGAAAAUGUUUUUCAGAUUGCAUUUUUGACUCACGGAUGUUGCAAAGCAAUAUCUGUGAGUCUUUGUGGUUACUUGAGUGUGGGGCAGUUAAACAAUGAGAAAUGACCAGCCUGCUGCCAGUGCACUCUUUGGCUACGAACCUUUCAGAACCAGAAAUCGGGCUGUAGCACCACAAAUGGCAAAAUUUGCACGAUGCUCGUUUGCGAAAACAACUGCAAACUGCUUUAAUUAUUUCUGUCACUUUCAUUUGAUCUCAUCCGUGAGUCGGCCUCAACCGCCUUUGAUUUAUGAUUGCAUUUAUUUUUCCCUCCCCCCCCCCGUCGCCAACAUUUCCGGGGGAAAUUUUUUAGGUGAGCUUUUCAUUCCAAAAGUGCCCCUCGAACUGCUCCACACACACACACACACACACACACAUUUUGAUGCUUCCUAUGCCCCUGCUGGCUACAUACACCACAAUCAUUAUACCCUCAUAUUUGUCCCCAAAUCUUUGUCUUAUUUGGUAUUUUUGUUGUUUAUGUACAGUACAUAAUUGAUUGUUCGAAAAUCGACUCAUUGCCAAGUGUGUCUAUCAAUGUUGGUGGCAAGAAUUUUACGUUAACUGGUGCGCAGUACGUUAUUAAAGUAAGUCUGAGCAACUUUAAAUUUAAUCCUCUUUUUCGAAAUGGUGAGGUAGAUUCAUAAGGAUAAAAUGGUGAGAAUGAAUAGCAACCCUCAUGAAACAGAAGAUUGCCUGUAGGCCACAACUACAUGUAGGUGAAUUUGUGACCAUGUAAUUGAGUAGCGUGAAAUGUGAAAACAAUAUUUUUGUGUUGUGGAAAAAUUUUAUGGGAGAUGAAGCGGUCUGGCCCCGCCCCUAUAUAAUGUUUAUACAUAUCAAUGUGUUUACGAAUUAUGACUGUAUGACUAAAAGUUUUCUCUAAAAGGCUGAUUGACACAGAGGUGAAUGAUUAUCAGUUUAUCACUGUAGAAGACCUUUUAUUACAUUUGAAGUGUAGACCAAUAAAAAUUUGAUAAUAAUCAUUAAUUGUUAAAUUUUUGUCAAAUCUUGACUUUGAUCUAUCAUUUGACCUUUCUGAAGGAGGGCAAAACGAUCUCAGGGCAAGUUCCUCCCUGCAUUUCCUUUCAAAAUCUGGCCAUGCAUUACAGUGAAUAACGAAUGCAAUUGUGAUGGCCGUUUUUUUGCUUUUUGGGAGACUAUCCUUGGGCAAACUGAAUGCCUCAGCGGAUUCAUGGGUCUUGAUGUACCACCACCUUGGGGACCUUAUUGGAUCUUAGGGGAUGUCUUCAUUGGUCCCUACUAUACCGAGUUUGACAUGGCUAACGACCGAGUUGGGUUCGCCAAAGCUACCUAA